UUCAUCAAGAGAGUUUUACAUGAAUAUGUGCAAAGUUCAGAAGCAUGUUACAUUCAAUCAAGCAAAAGGAAUAUUUGGAUUUGCUCAAAGCGACAAUAUUGGGAAGAUCAGUUUUCCUGCUACUCAAGCAGCGCCAUGUUUCAGUUCGUCUUUUCCCGAAAUUUUUCAUGGCAUUAAGGAUGUGCCUUGUUUAAUCCCUUGUGCCAUUGAUCAGGAUCCAUUCUUGAGAAUGACAAGAGAUGAAGCUCCUAAACUUGGUUACCAGAAACCAGCUCUCAUUCAUUCCACGUUCAUUCCUGGAUUACGAGGAAUGCAGUCCAAGAUGGAUGGUAGUGGCGAUCCAAACAGCGUUAUAUUUUUAACUGAUUCGGACGAACAAAUCAGUAACAAGAUUAGAAAGUAUGCAUACUCGGGCGGCGGCAUAACAGCAGAAGAACACAGAAAGACAGGAGGUGACUGUGGAAAGGACGUGUCUUAUCAGUUUCUGACUUUCUUUAUGGAAGAUGAUAGUAAACUCGAAGAGAUAAAACAGAACUACACGAGCGGAAAGUUAUUGACGGGAGAUUUGAAGGCAGAGCUGAUUUCUGUACUUCAGAGGCUUAUUUCCGGACACAGACAAAAGCGUCAGAGAGUGACCGACCUGAUGGUAAAGAAAUUUAUGUCUCCUAGAGAGUUAAACUACCCGUACUAAUUUAGUUAACGUCAAUUUAUACCCGAGAAAAAUGUGAACUUUAGCUAUAAAUAUUGAUAUUUAUCAAAAUAGAUUAUAAUACAGGUAAUUUUUAAAAAUGUACAAUAUUGAUCUUUAACAUAACUAAAUUUAUGUCUCCUAGAGAGUUAAACUACCCGUACUAAUUUACUGUAAACCUAGAAUUGUUUUCGCGCUUUUUAAAAAGCGCAGGUAGUAUAUUUCCAUGAAAUUAAACAGCCGCGAAAAACUCUGAUCUAACAAAAAUGCGAAAGAUUCUAGCUUCAGCUUAAAUAGAUGCUAUAAAAUGGUCCUGUGCUUACAUAUACCUGGAUAUUAAUAUCUCAUAUUCUAGUACUAUAAUUGUAUAACAUGAGUGCACAGAUCCACUUUAUUUCAAUUGGUUGACAAGUUACUAAUGUAUGAAGCAACAGCCCGUCAGGCAAACAGGGGAUAAAAACAAAAACAAUAUGCAUCUACCGAACGACAUAUCUCGGCAGCCAAUACGAUAUAUUAUUUGUAAGUAAAUUAUUGUGUCUAUCUCUGCUAAGUGUGGAUUAUUCGCCUAUUUAAAUGGCAAACAAAUGACAGUGUAAUAACAGCAAUGUACUGACUGUCAAUAAUUCAGGGUGUGGAUAACCGUUGAUAACUUGAUAUGGAUGAAAAGGAUUAGUGUGCAUUCAUAAUUGAAGGGUACAAUAAAACCGAACGUUUUCCAGAGUACUAUAAAUGCAACUAUGCAGUGAUACUUACCUUAGUAUACUAAAUACGUUCACUUGCGACUUCAUUUUCGCGUGAUUCGCGAUGGAUAUGAUUCCGCGAAUAUUUGUAUCCGCAAAAAUGUCUACGUUUUGAAAAACGCAAAAUGUAGUAGGUUUACAGUAGUUAACGUCCAUUUAUACCCGAGAAAUGUGAACUUUAACUAUGAAUAUUAAUGUUGAGAGCCUUAUCAAAUUAUUAACUAAAAUUAGUUAUCAAAUUAGUUAAUGUUGAGAGCCUUAUCAAAUUAUAACUAACUAAUGGUUCAUUUUACAAAUAUCGGAUAAUGCUAAUUACUUAUGAUAUCUCUAAUAAGUGAUACUUAAAUAGUAAAGAUUUAUCAUAUGAGAGCUCAACCUUGUUUAAAAAAGACUGCUGUGUUUACUUUUAUUGUGUCUGUAUCUUUUGUUCUGGCUUGCUUUUUUCACUUGAUAUGCUAAAUAAGUGUUUGUAUUGUUUUAAUAAACAAUAUUGCAGAUAUAUA